AUGAUGCUGUGCAAUGAAAGCCGAAAGGAGGCUGCAGGGCUGACUCCCUUUCUGACACCCAGGAAAACCAUCAGACUCGCUACUUGGAACAUCAGAACAAUGUAUGAAGCAGGAAGAACAGCACAAGUAGCAAAGGAGAUGAAGCACUACAACACUUGUCUCCUAGGACUGAGUGAGACGAGGUGGCUACAGACAGGACAGUUGAGGCUGACCACCGGAGAAACAUUGUUCACCAAGAAAAGCAAGAUCAAAUUGAACAUCAUCCAGUGUUAUGCCCCCACCAACGACACUGAUGACGAAAAGAAAGACGCCUUUUACCAGCAACUACCGGCAGUCUUGGAUAAAGCAGGGAAGAAAUAUAUGGCAAUACUUAUGGGCGACUUCAAUGCAAAGAUCGGAGCUGAUAACACUGGCUACAAUGAAGUCAUGGGCACACAAGGACUGGGCUACAUAAACGAGAAUGGCGAGAGAUUUGCAGACCUAUGCUCCCUUAACCAGCUUGUAAUAGGAGGAAGCAUUUUCCCUCAUAAACGGAUUCACAAGGCCACAUGGAGAUCCCCUGACCAUGUUACAGAAAAUCAGAUCGACCAUAUUUGCAUCAGCAAGAAAUUUCGAAGAGCAUGGAAAGAUGUCAAGGUGAUGAGAGGAACAGACAUUUCAUCAGACCACCAUCUGCUGAUGACGGCAGUAAGACUACACCUCAAAAAGUUUAAAAACACGACAAACAUGAGGACAAGGUACAACGUGAGUGUCCUCAAAACAAAGGAAGUGAGGACAGCAUUCCACCUCAGCCUGUCCAACAGAUUCCAGCCGCUACAAGACCAGAUAGAAAACAAUGAUACCAACAUCGAGACCCAAUGGAAACUGGAGGCGAGGAAGGAAAAGAAAGUGGUACUGAACACAAGUCGGACAAGAGCAGCAAAGGCAAAAGCUCAAGAGGACUACACAGCCACAGAUAAAGAAGUCAAGAAAAACAUCAGGAAAGAUAAACGGGAUCAUAUAAACAAUCUGGCCAAACAAGCUGAAGAAGCAGCGGGACAGGGAAACUUGAGGUAA